UCGCCGGUGACGCGGGGUGGAGGAAGGCGUUGCUCGGCGCUCUCGCUCGGAGCUGACUAGAGGAUCGGAAAAUGGCGGAUCUCGAAGACGUUACCCUGGACGGGAGACCGCUCCAGUCCCUUCGAGUUGCGGACUUAAAAGCCGCCCUGGAGGAGAGAGGACUGUCUAAAAGUGGACAGAAGAAUGCGCUGAUCAAAAGACUGAAAGGGGCUCUCAUGCUGGAGAAUCUGCAAAGGACCUCCACCGCUCACAUUGGACUGCAGCCAAACUCACAGAUUGGUGAGGAAAUGAGCCAGAACAGCUUCAUCAAGCAGUAUCUGGCUAAACAACAGGAGCUCCUAAGGCAGCGUCUGGAGAGAGAGGCUCGUGAAGCCUAUGAAACGAAUGACCAAGAUGACCACAAGGAAGUCAACAACAGUACCACGUGUCCUCCCCAAGCCCAGGAGGUUGCACCAGCAAUGUCAGAGCAGCACAAGCCCCCCGGCCCCUCUGGUGGUGGGGGAUUGUUUGGUGCAGGGAACGAGGGAGAAGCUAACAGGAACCAGGAUGCUGACAUGUCUGGUCCUCCUGCUUCUGCCUCUGUGGCGAUGCGCAUUCCUGGGGGGCCAGAGAGGGGCUCUGCAGCCAAUGAAGAUCCCGCUGACAGCGACGAUGAUGACAGCGACGAUGGGGACGAGGAUGGUGAUGAUGAUGACUGGGACAGCAGUGCUCGGAGGAGAAACCUCAGAGAGCCGGCCAGAGCGCCCACGACCAGAGAGCGGUCUGGAGCUUCAUGUCAACCCCAACAGCAACACAUGCCUUCCCUUUUGUCCCCUCAGCUUCGCCAGCCAACACCUCCUCCCUCCCCACCUCCAGAGCUGUCAUUUCCCUUACCUGACACCCCAAAACAGAGCCCCCCGAGUCCAGAUUUGGCCCCAGCUCAGCGCUCACCAAGUUCCUCCAGCUCUGGUUCCUCCAGCAGCGGCAGCCGCAGUAGCAGCCCAGAGCCACAGAGGGGUGGACAUGUAGAGCGCAAGCCUGGCCCGCUGACUCUCCUGGCUAGAAAGAUGGCAUCAGAAGGUGCAUUUUCGGGAGCAGGUUGGCAUGGCGGCGUUGCGGAAGGCGAUAGACAGGACAGCAGUUUGCCCACAUCAUUUCCUGGCAGAGGGCCUCCAGAGGGUCCGGUAUCUGCCAUCACUCACACAGCCAACACUGCAGGCCAUGUGCCACCAUUUCCCAUGAUUCCAGGCACCAACCAGGGUGUCCUAGGAGCGCAUUCAUCCCACAUUCAAGUACCCGUGAGUGUGCUAAAAGCCACUGCAACUGAAGAGAGGGACAGAGAGAGGAACUCUGAGAUAGAGAGGGAAAAAGCUCUCGAGCUGGAGAGGAAGAGAAAACUUGAGCAAGAACGAGCAAUUGAGGAAGAGCGCCAAAGAGCUCUUGCACAAGAGAGAGAAGAAAGAGAGAGAGCUUUAGAGAAAGAAAGAAUUGAACGACAACAGGCCGUAGAAAGAGAAGAGCGAGAAAAGGCUUUGCAGCGGGAGAGGGAGCUCGCUUUAGAACGAGAGAGGCAGGAGAGGGAACUAGCUUUGGCAAAAGAGAGGGAAGAGCGAGAGCAAGCCUUAGCACGAGAGCGGGCCUUGGAGCUGGAGAGGCAGAAGGAGCUGGAGAGGCAGAAGGAGCUGGAGAGGCAGAAGGAGAUGGAGAGGCAGAAGGAGCUGGAGAGGCAGAAGGAGCUGGAGAGGCAGAAGGAGCUGGAGAGGCAGAAGGAGCUGGAAAGGCAGAAGGAGCUGGAAAGGCAGAAGGAGAUGGAGAGGCAGAGGGCCCUGGAACUUGAGAGACAGCGAGAGCUUGAAAGGCAGAAGGCCCAAGAGCAAGAACGUUUGCUAAGAGAAAAAGAGGAGCAGGAGAGAGCCAUGGCUUUGGAGCAGGAAAGAAAGGAGAAAGAAAAGGCUCUUGAGCAAGAGAGGUUAGAGAGGGAAAGAGCUCUGGAGGCUGAGAGGAAGGAGAAGGAGAGGAUUGAGCGGGAAAGGGUGGAAAGGGAAAGGUUAGAGAAGGAGAAAGCCCUGGAGCAAGAGAGAAUAGAGAGAGAAAAAGCAUUAGAGCAAGAGAGAAUAGAAAGAGAGAAAGCUUUGGAGCAAGAACGACGAGAAAAGGAGAGAGCCCAAGAACGAGAGAGAAUUGAGAGGGAAAAAGCCUUGGAGCAAGAGAGGAUUGAGAAGCAAAAAGCCGUGGAACGAGAGAGGAUUGAGAAGCAAAAAGCCCUGGAACGAGAGAGAAUAGAAAGAGAAAAGGCUCUUGAGCAAGAAAGAUUGGAGAAGGAGAAGGCCUUAGAGCUAGAGAGGAAGGAAAAGGAGAGAAUCCAGAGAGAGAAAGCACUGGAGCAAGAGAGGAUGGAAAGGGAAAAGGCCUUGGAACGAGAGAAAUUGGAGAGAGAGACAGCUCUAAAUAAGGAGAGGAUGGAGAAGGAAAGGGCUGAGAAGGAGAGGAAAGAGAAGCUGGAGAUUGAGAAAGCCUUAGAACAGGAGAAACUUGAAAAAGAGAGAGCCUUGGAUGAGGUGAGGAAGGAGAAGGAGCAAGAGAGGGAGAGAGCCCUUGAGCGUGAAAGGUUAGAGAGGGAGAAAACCAUGCAGAAUGAAAAGGAGGAGCAGGAGAAAGAGCUAUCUAGGGUUGCUGAAAAGGAGAGGGAGAGUCACCUUCCUCCAUUCAAACGUGGCCGUGAGUUUGGUCUCACAUCCACUGCUCCCCCCCUCUCCACAGGACCAGGUAGAAAGCCAUCAACAGAGCCAGGAGAGCAGGAAGAUGCCCAUGCUCCUGUGUCCAGGACUGAAGCAGCAGAAUCCGGUGCACCUAUGUCAGCAACCCCCCUGUCACCUCAGUCCUCAUUCAAGAAGUUCCGGUUCUUUAGAGACUCUCCAAUUCAGCCCCAAUCUUCUUCCCCCUCCAUUUUUAUUAAGCGGCCCCGUAACUUCUCUGACACCCCCCAGCCCUGGGUCUCACCUGUCAUUGCUAACGUUGCAGAACAACAACAGGAAGGACACAAGCUCCCUGAUGAACAUAAAGAUCCACAGAUGCGGACAAAACCAGAGGGAUCUAUGGAGACUCUGCCUGAGAAAGAGACCGGGGAGACCACUGUUAGUGCUAAAUUUGUCAAGGGUCCCACAAAAGAAGGGUCAAAAAUCCUCAUACCUGAGGACAAUGACAAAGCAGAUUCAGGGAAGAUUAAACAGGCUGCCUCAGAAUCCACCAAAAAAGCAGAAGUGGAUGAAAGGGGUCCGGCAAGCUCAGCGAACGAUUCACAACACAGAGGAAGAGAUGCAAAGAAGGAAGAACGAAAAGCACGACGACAUUCAUCGUCUGAUGAUUCCUCUUCAGAAUCUGAUUCGGGGUCCUCAUCGUCUCGGUCGUCCAGCUCAUCAUCAUCUUCUGAAGAGAAGACCUCUGCUUCAAGAAAUAGAAAGGAAGGGAAACCAGGAAGAGAAUCCUCACCACAGCACAGGGUGACACUAGAUGCUAAGGACAAGGGUUUAAAGGAAGCUAAAAAAUCCUCCCCGCAGAAAUCUGUCGAGAAGAGUGACACAGCUGCUGAUGGAGACCGACAGGCCAAGGAACCACUCAUCGAAGCACCAUCCAGGGACGAGACGCAGAUGAAGAGGAAGGACAGCAAGGGAGAGGAGGAACAAGACAAACACAGGCAGGAGAAGGAGACUGCCAUGGCAGAGCCAGACAAGCUUCCAGACUCCAGCGAGGAGACACCAAAGGCCUUCUCGGCUCGUAAGAUCUCUCUGAGCAGCAGUAAAUCUUCCCCAGGCUCUGGAGGUGCAGAAGGAGAGCAGGAGUCUGGAGGUGCAGCUGGUCGCAAAAGGAGGUGGGGCUCCAGCGCAGCGGUCACUGCCAAGAAACCUUCAAUCAGCAUCACCACAGAUUCUCUCAAGUCUCUGAUCCCUGACAUUCGGCCAUCUCUCGGCCAGGACGCAGUAGUGGACCUGCACCCAGAGGAGGCUGUCCUCUCCGGGGCUGAGGAUGAAGAGAGGGAACGCUCUGACCAGGACCUUCAGAUCAGACGCACUGUCACACAGGUGGUGCACUCGGAUAGCCAAGAGAAUGGACAGAAAGAUGUGAAGAGGAGCAGAUUCGAGGAGCUUGAGGAAGACUACCUGCAGGGAGACAGAUUGAAGACGAGGGAGCAUGAAGAGAAGAUGGACGCCUCAUUUACUGAGGCAGAGGAAACCCAGUCUCCAUCACAUACCAGCCAUGAUGUAGAAAUCAACACUGUGACACCCAGCGACACCCUCAUUCGUCGCUCCAUCAGCCAGCAGAAAACAGGUGUUUCCAUCACGAUCGAUGACCCUGUCCGCACGGCUCAACAGCCCUCGCCACCUCGGGGCAAAGUCUCCAGCAUUGUUCAUAUCUGCAACCUGGUGAGACCGUUCACUCUUGGGCAACUCAAAGAAUUGCUCAGCAGAACUGGCACCCUGGUGGACGAAGGCUUCUGGAUCGACAAAAUCAAGUCUCACUGCUACGUCACUUACUGCAGCUCAGAAGAAGCCACCGCUACACGGGAAGCUCUUCAUGGAGUUAAAUGGCCUCAGAGUAACCCUAAAGUCCUGAGUGUAGACUUCUGCCAGCAGGAUGAGCUGGACUUCCACAAAAGCUUGGGUGCAGCCGACAGACCCGGAGCAGAGGAUCAGGGCCGCGGUCGAACCUCAGGCCUGCCCUCUCUGAUCCCAGAGCGAGAUCAGUGGGCCGAGCGCGAGCGUGAGAUGGAGCGCCGGGAGAGGGCUCGAGCAGACCGGGAGUGGGACCGUGACAAGGUCAAAGAGUUUGGAAAACCUGGAGAAGAGAAGGAAGGUGCCAAGAGAUCGCGCUCCAGGGAGAGACGACGCAAGGAGAGGGGAAAGAGUAAAGAGAAAAGGACAGAGAAAAAAGAAAAAGCAGCCGAGGAUCCUCCUGCAAAGCUGCUUGAUGAUCUUUUCCGCAAAACUAAAGCGGCUCCUUGCAUAUACUGGCUUCCACUUACAGAUGAACAGUUUCUUCAGAGGGAAGCUGCCAGAGCAGAACGGAUGAAGGAGCGACAGAAGCGAUGGAAGGAGCAAGAAGAGGAGGAGGGCAAAAAAAGGGAAGAGGAGGAGCGUAAAGAGAAGAUGAAGGCUGCAGCCGGCUCAGCUGGAGAGCGCAGUGAGGGUGAGAAAGACAAGGACAGAGACAGAGAGAGGGAUAGAGAACGAGACCGGGGUAGGGACAGGGACAGGGACAGGGAGAGGGAGAGAGAGCGGGAAAGGGAGAGGGAAAAUGACAAACGCAGGGAUGGCUACCGUAGACCGGGCGGAAGCGGGACCGGCGGGGGCCGACGCUCACGCAGCCGCAGUGAUCCUCGAGAAAGGCGGCGUUAACGGCCAAUCAACAGUUGGAACUGUCCUAGAGAUCUCUUCCAUUUGCCUUUCACUACAUGUACUUUGUUACAACUAAGACCCAACAGAGGACCAACUGAUGUCGUCACCGCCUCUCAAAAUGUCACCUUUUUUAAAGCACAUCUCACACCUACACAGUCAUGCUUAAAGGGGACCAUGAUUUUUUGCAGUGUUGUUUCCCAGAGUGCUGUACGUUUUGUUUCUGUCGAGGUUUGAUAAUUCUUUAUUCAUUUGCUUCUUUAUUUUCUUUGGUAUUUGUUGUGACGGCAUAGCAGUAUGGCACACUGGGUAAUUUUUAAAGAUUCCCCCCACCCCAAUGUUCCCCAUUUACCCCAAAGUGUAGGUGCCAAUUAUAAUUUGCAUCAAUUGUCGUCGCCUUAGUGUUUUAACAGCUCUGCAGUUUGGACGAGGAAUCCUUCUGCUGCUGCUUGUAGUCCAAGACUCUUCUUGCCAGUCCUGCCUAAAGAUAAAACUCUGCUCUUUGUGCAGAGACUUGCAUCUAACAUUAUUGGAAAGGUUUGUUUAGCCUUUUGUACAGACAUAUGAGAAAAGUCAAAAUCAAGUCUUUAAAUAAGGCAGCUCUGGGGUAUUUUUGGACAGGUGUGGAAUAACUACUAAGGCAAUGCAGUGUUCCUCUCUCCCUCGUUUCUGUUAAAAGACGAAAUGAUUCUCUAAGCAGGGAGACUCUUUGUUUGUCACACCUGACAAAAAAAAUAUAACUAUGUCCUUAUCAUUGAUUCUCUUCUUCCUCGCUCCUCUUCUUCCUGCUCUCUCACCCUGUAGUGUGGAUACAGGCCCGAGAGGGGAGGUUGCAGUAAGAGUUUUCUCAACAAUGGUUUUAAUAUUGUUUUUUAAUCAUUAUUUUAUCAUUUUAGUACCAAGGUUUGUUUUUGUUUUUUAAUUUCUUCUUUGAGUACGCCUAUCAGUGGUGAAUGUACAAAUAAUAAAAACUGAGAUUUGA